UGCGCGGAGGGGAAAUGGCUGCCGAAAACAAGCCGGAAGAGCGUUUCCCAAAGUGUAUUGUGCGGAAUUAGCACCUGCUGCGUUCUCAACACCGUGCCACCUAUAGAUGAUCAUGGGAAUAGCAAUAGUCAUGUAAAAAUCUUUUCACCGAAAAAGCUGCUUGAGUGUCUGCCGAAAUGUUCAAGUUUACCCAAAGAGAGGCACCGUUGGAACACUAAUGAGAGAUUAUGAUGUAGCAGUCCCUUUGGAUUUCUUUUUCAUAAUGUGUGACCCUUCACCUUUGAUCCCCUGACAUGCAUUACCUUGGUAACCAUUUCAUUUUUUAAUUUAAUUUCAUUUUUUGAUUUUGGUGUACAAGCUGUAAUAUUUCAUCUCUCGAAGUGUAACUGGCUGAUUUCCUUAAAUAGAG